AUGUUUUUAAUUUCAAACCAUGUUGGUAGCAAAAUGCUCUUAAACUCAAAUCAUGUUGGCAGCACUAUUCUCUUAAUUUCAAAUCCUGUUGGCAAAACAAUGUUCUUAAUUUUAAAUCCUGUUGGCAAAACAAUGUUCUUAAUGUUAAAUCCUGUUGGCAGCACUAUUCUCUUAAUUUCAAAUCCUGUUGGCAAAACAAUGUUCUUAAUUUUAAAUCCUGUUGGCAAAACAAUGUUCUUAAUGUUAAAUCCUGUUGGUAGCACAAUUCUCUUAAUUUUAAAUCCUGUUGGGAAAACAAUGUUCUUAAUUUUAAAUCCUGUUGGUAACACAAUUCUCUUGAUUUCAAUUCCUAUUGACAGCACAUUGCCCUUAGUGUCAAACCAUGUUGGCAGCACAAUUCUCGUAGUUUCAAAUCCUGUUGGAAGCACAGUGCUCUUUAUUUCAAAUCCUGUUAGCAGCACACCGCUCUUCAAUUAA